ACACACUCUCUCUCAGCAUCAGUCACAGUCUCCUCCACUUCAAAGAUUCGCGUCUGCAUCACUGAACAAAACCUCGUGAUGUCUGUCACUUUACCAUUUCAGCCCUCUACUGAACCUGAAGCUCCCUUUUUGCAAAGAUUCUCUUGUUUCCCCUGUUUUCCUCAUCCUCUCAUUUGAUGUCGUUUCCGAUUUCAAUAAUUUGCAUUAUGCUACUGUAUCAAAUAAAUGUCAAACUUUUCUAAUUCUUUUGAAUUCCUUUAGUUAUUGAUCAAUUAUUCGGAUUCGGACCUCCUUGGUUGUUUUGUUUGGAUCAUCUUCAUCUUCGAACAGAUUUACCAUGAUAUGCGUCGCUGUCGGUUUGAUCUAAAGGAGUGACAGCUGUAUAAAAAUGACUGCAUAAAGCUAAUUUCUCUCCUGAGAUAAAAUUAUAAUAACAUCCAUCAGCCAUGAUUGUUUUGGAAUUGACUGUGUUUAGUUGGAGAAGAUGAGUUGUAGAGAUGAUUUCCUAUGAGCAAGAUCCAGAUGUUGUACGAUGGGGCCUGCAGCUGUUUUAUGCUAGUCCAUAUUCUAAUUGUAGAUAUUGUGGUGCUGUUACUCAAGAGAAUUCAGAUUGUUACCAUGGGUAUUAUUUUAGGGAAGAGGAUUAUAACAAUGAUUUUACCAACAUAGACAAUGAUGAACAAACGGUGCAUGCUCUUCAGCAACAAUUUUCACAACUUGCGGUGACUGAACCCUCUGAACCUUCAUAUGAUUGGUCAGAAAAUAUGCCGCCAUCCAACUCAUUGCAAGAGUGGCUUAGUCAUCCAAUAGAUAGCUAUUGCCCUGAACAGCAACAUGAUCAGGAAGAGGCAGAUGAUCCGGAAACUUCUGGUUCAUAUUCUAGCUCUGAGAAGAACUUAUAUUGUGGAGAUCAAUGGUUGUGUUCGUUGGAGCAGAUUGAUGAAUAUGCUCUUGAUGGAGAAGUAGGAAAAAGACUGAAUCAGAUGGUUCCAAUUCCACAUGUUCCUAGAAUCAAUGGAGAAAUACCUUCGAUUGAUGAAGCAACUUUAGAUCAUCAAAGGCUAUUGCACAGGCUGCAGCUGUAUGAGCUGGUUGAGUCCAAAGUUGAAGGAGAUGGAAAUUGUCAGUUUCGUGCACUAUCAGAUCAAAUCUAUCGAACACCUGAGCACCAUAUAUUUGUGAGAGAACAAGUAGUAAAUCAGCUGAAGUCAUACCCAGAUAUAUACGAGGGAUAUGUUCCAAUGGCUUACAGAGACUAUUUGGAGAAAAUGACCAAGAAUGGCGAGUGGGGGGACCAUGUGACCUUGCAGGCUGCUGCAGAUUUUUAUGGAGUUAAAAUAUUUGUCAUCACUUCUUUCAAGGAUACUUGCUACAUUGAGAUUCUUCCAAAUUUUGAAAGGUCGAGACGAGUAAUAUGUUUGAGCUUCUGGGCAGAAGUACACUACAACUCAAUAUAUCCUGAAGGAGGUCCGCAGAAUGAGAUGUGAUUUCGACCCUCUCUUUGGCCUCUGGCCGCUUCGGUUAACAACCUGCACUCGAUUGUUUUAUUACUUUGGUGAUGGCACGGUCAUUGGGUCGCAAUCUAUCGUCUUAUUGACGUAUUCAUUGCAUGGGCUGUCUUGAUUUCCCAAAUAUUUUAUCUGAUAUGAAUAAUUUAUUUUAACAUCUAGAAACUCAUUGCAACAUAUGCAGUGAUACUAGUGCGUCACCCCUGAGCUUUAUUAAAUUUCAGGCUAGUGCCACAACGCUUGAAGGAUGCCGCAAAGAAAGAAAUGGAGUUGUAUUUCUUUCUCAAUAUGGAUGCUUUCGAGUCAGAUUUGUUCAUUCUCACUAUCUUAGCUUUCUAUUUCCCGUGCAAAUUGUGAUUUCACGGGUAGAAAAUGAAAGUGGGGAUUGGAUUGAAGUUUGGUAUUAUUGUAUUGUGAUAAAUGAUAAUUUAAGUGGAAGUUCGAAAACAUAUGAUGUGUAUGACAUGAUGUAAAUUGGACGGACUAUUCUCAUUUCAGGUACUCAUGUUCAGCUCCAGUGCCCACUAAAAUGCACCGUUGUGUUGAGUUAGGGGAAGAGUGUUUAAUCCUAGCCAUGUAUAUUGGGUUCUUCAAAUCACCAUCCUGAAAAUUUCUUCUCCUUGUCCUACUCGGCAGAGGACAGGCGACAGGAGUAGAGGUCUUCUGGGCUGCGGGAUGGAUCUCCUGUGAUGGCUCCAUGGCGGUGGUUUGAUGGCAAAUGGAGGGAGGUAUCUCGUAAUAAGUGCCACACGACAAUCUAUCUUAAUCUCAAAUCUCAAAGCAAUAGAUUUAUGGGUCUUUCCAUUAA